CGGGAUAAUUUUAGUUUCCUUGGGCCAGGAGCCUGUACACACACAAGGCUCACCCUCCACCCAAUUCCACGUCGGAAGUCGGAACAGCCUCCCACCACCUGUAGAGAAGAGGGGGUGGGUUUGAAGUCAAGCCCAGGUGUCUGGGGUCUCUAGACUGAGCUGGACUUCUGACCCUGUGUCCUGCUACUCCCAUUCAGGCUUCUCCAGAUGCCAUGGAGCUGGGUCUGUCUCCACCUCGUCACAGCAGCCCCCCCGAAGACCCAUACCCAGCCCCUGGGACUCCUGGGACCCCUCCUGGGUCUCCUCCUGGGACUCCCCCGCCUCCUGAUGCCCCUCUUCCUGGGGAGGCGAAGAGGUCUCAGCCUCUACCCAUCCCGGCCAGCAGGAAACUUCGGGAGGAGGAGCUGCGGACAGCCUCUCUACCCUCCAUCCCCAACCCUUUCCCCGAGCUCUGCAGUCCUCCUUCACAGAACCCCAUUCUUGGGGGACCCUCCAGUGCAAGGGGGCUGCUCCCUCGCAAUGCCAGCUGUCCCCACGUAGUAAAAGUGUAUAGCGAGGAUGGAGCCUGCCGGUCAGUGGAGGUGGCGGCAGGUGCCACGGCACGCUACGUGUGUGAAAUGCUGGUGCAGCGAGCUCACGCCCUCAGUGACGAGAACUGGGGGCUGGUGGAGUGCCACCCCCAUCUGGCGCUGGAGCGGGGCUUGGAGGACCAUGAAUCAGUGGUGGAAGUGCAGGCUGCCUGGCCUAUAGGCGGAGACAGCCGCUUUGUCUUUCGGAAAAACUUCGCCAAGUAUGAGCUGUUCAAGAGCUCCCCUCACUCCCUGUUCCCAGAAAAGAUGGUCUCCAGCUGUCGGGACGCGCAGACGGACAUCUCCCAUGACGACCUCAUCCAGAACUUCCUGAACGCAGGCAGCUUCCCAGAGAUCCAGGGCUUCCUGCAGCUGCGGGGCUCGGGACGAAAGCUUUGGAAACGUUUCUUCUGCUUCCUGCGCCGGUCUGGCCUCUACUAUUCCACCAAGGGCACCUCCAAGGAUCCGAGGCACCUGCAGUAUGUGGCAGAUGUGAAUGAGUCCAACGUGUAUGUCGUGACUCAGGGCCGCAAGCUGUAUGGGAUGCCCACAGACUUCGGCUUCUGUAUCAAGCCGAAUAAACUUCGAAAUGGCCACAAGGGGCUUCGCGUCUUCUGCAGUGAGGAUGAGCAGAGCCGCACCUGCUGGUUAUCUGCCUUCCGCCUCUUUAAGUAUGGGGUGCAGCUGUAUAAGAAUUAUCAGCAGGCACAGUCUCGCCACCUGCGCCCGUCCUGUGUGGGGCCUCCACCCCUGAGGAGUGUCUCCGAUAACACCCUGGUGGCCAUGGACUUCUCUGGCCACGCUGGGCGUGUCAUUGAGAACCCCCGGGAGGCUCUGAAUGCGGCCCUGGAGGAGGCGCAUGCCUGGAGGAAGAAGACGAACCAUCGUUUCAGCCUGCCUACCCCAUCCUCGGGCACGAGCCUCAGUGCAGCCAUCCACCGAACCCAACCCUGGUUCCAUGGGCGCAUUUCCCGAGAGGAGAGUCAGCGGCUCAUCACCCAGCAAGGCCUGGUGGACGGACUGUUCCUGGUCCGGGAGAGUCAGCGGAACCCACAGGGCUUUGUCCUCUCUCUGUGCCAUCUGCAGAAAGUCAAGCAUUAUCUCAUCCUGCCUAUUGGCAACACAGCAACCUGCUGUUGAACCUUCAGCUCACAGAGGACAGACCCUCGAGAUGUGAACCUCAAUGAGGCAUUUUUUGCCAAAAAUCAACCUAAACCUCAUCCCCUGGGUCCAACAACCAGUUCAGUGAUUUUUAACCAGCGCGCUGUGAGAAUUUUGAAAAUAUGCAACACCUGACUGUUUAGUCAGGGGCACUGGCCUCUUUUCCCUUCGAUUGUCGGAUAAAAAAUACAGCACCACCAGUUGUCCAGCGUGAAUAAGUCAGAAUCAUGCCUACUUCUGUCAGAUCAGCAAACAGUGCAUUGUUGGUGCGCUGCAGAGCCUUGGUGAUCAGUCCACGUUCUCCGUGAGGCAAAAAAGGCUGGAGCUCCUGGACUAGCUGCUCGGAACAGGCCAGAGGGACACGUGAAAUGACACAUGGGGACAUGACGACAGGCCACCAUGCAGACUACAGAACACAUAACCCAGUUUCUUCAACCAAAAAAAGAAUUACAGGAAAAGAUGGGAAAGCUCUAGAUUUCAAGAAAUUUAGACACCUAUCAACCAAAUAGAAUGUGUUGACCUUAUUUGAUUCAAAUCCAAACUAGCUAACUGCAAAAAACAUGAGCAAUUGGGGGAAAUUUGAACUCUGAUGAGAUGUUUGGUGAUAAUAAGGAAUGAUGGUUAAC